GGGGCCUCGGCAAGCUACGGCGAAUUCGUGGUAACUAUUUUUGUUGGUCGUCGUAUAAUUAAUGAGUAGACAUCCCCAGGGGCCCUUUUUGACGGACUUGUUCCAUCUGGUCUCGAAUCCCGCGAAACAUUCAAAAUGGCAGCCAACGAAAAAACUCACGACAACGAUGCUACUCGGAUCGCCUCCGUGGGGGAUGAAGACUUGAUCAAAUAUGAUCUCGAGCAUUCGGAGGUAGCGACACAACAUGUAGUUGAGAAGCCAGAGAGCAUUCGAAAUAUGAGUGCUGAAGAAAUCAAGAAACUUGAGACUAAGAUGGUACGCAAGAUGGACUGUGUUAUUAUGCCGAUAAUGGGUAUAUUAUACCUUCUUAAUUAUGUCGACAGAUCGGCUCUCGCCGCCACGAAAGUCUAUGGGAUUAUGGAAGAUCUAGGGAUGUCCACAACAGACUUCGCAACUGUCAUAUCCAUUCUUUUCGUGGGCUAUAUACCAUUUCAGAUCCCAAGUAACUUGUUGAUGACGAAGAUACGUCGCCCUGGAUUAUAUAUAUGCAGCGCAGCUACUGUUUGGGGGGCUGUCAGCGCUGUCACUGCCACUGUCAAAACAUAUAAGGGGCUUUUAGCGAUUCGCGUGUUCCUUGGUGUCACCGAGGCCGUCUUCUUCCCGGGUGUUAUCUACUUCCUUAGCGCGUGGUAUACCAAGAAUGAACUCGGCAAACGUCUCGCUGUCUUAUUCAUAUUCCAGAUGCUCGGGUCCGCAUUCGGAGGUUUCGUGGCGGCGGCUUGCCUGACCUUAGACGGACGAUAUGGUAUUAGUGGCUGGAGAUGGCUUUUCAUUGUCGAAGGCUCGGUUACAGUGGGUUGUGGUGUUUUGUUUGCGAUGCUCAUGCCCGAGUACCCGCACAAUGCUCGUCUUCUUAAUCCUGAGGAGCGUGACUACGCUGUCUGGAGACUCGAGGUGGAGGCUGGUGCAGGAGAAGCUCAUGAGGAUGUAACCACACUGGGAUCAUUCAAGCUUGCUAUCCUCGAUGGCAAGGUUUGGACGAUGGUCCUCUGCAUGGGUUAUCUUCAGGCUAUGGGAUCAGCCGUCAAUUUCUUCCCAUCCAUAGUAGAGACCCUCGGCUUCAACCAGAUAGAUACGAUGCUUCUUACUACGCCCCCUUACAUUCUCGCUGCUAUCUUAUUCUACGGAAUAUCCCAUCUAUCUGACCGGAAAAAUAUCAUCUAUCCGAUUAUGAUCGGAUGUAUUGUUUUUGGCGUCGUUGCAUACUCGGUAGCACUCGGAACAAUCCAGAUGGGUCCGCGCUACUUUGCUAUGAUGCUCAUGCCUUCAGUUUGUACCGGCCCGCAAAUUAUGAUAUACAAAACGAUGAACGUGCAUAUGGCUCGACCUUAUCCGAAACGAGCAGCUGGAGUUGCCAUGAUAAACGCUAUUGGAGGUCUUUCGAACGUCUGGGCUUCAUUUUUAUAUUUCGACGCGCCUCAUUAUUAUGCUGCUUUUGGUGCCCUACUUGGAUGCAACAUUGCAUUCUUUAUUACUAUCACUGCUUAUCUAAUCUAUGUGAGACGCAUCAACAAGCUCCUAUCUGGCACCCCCGAACAGCAGCGUCGUGCUAUGAAGAGCGGCGUUACCCAGCAGCAAAUUGACCUUGGAUGGCGUUACAUUGGUUACUAGCAGAAACGGAAGGAGGUAAGUCUGUCGUGCGAACAAUUUUGGAUUUAUCCUCACAAGUUAUGGGCGGUAUACGUGUUUUCAUGAAGCCAA